UGGCGGACGGUUUACAUCAUGCUUUUUCUUAAGAAAUAAAUAUAAAUAAUAUUAAUCGUAUAUUUUUUGACAUUAAAACGAAUUAUUAAAGAAUAAUGGCUCAUCAUUAUUGUGUAACAGCUCAUAAGGCCACAGCCGUAAAUGCAUGUGCUACAGGUAACUUUACAUCAAGCACUGAUUUAAAUUUAAUUGUGGCAAAAAAUACAAGACUGGAAAUCUAUUUGGUUACACCUGAAGGAUUACGUCCAAUCAAGGAAAUCUCACUGUAUGGAAAGAUCUCUGUUAUGAAAUUAUUUAGACCGCAACAUGAAUUUAAAGACUUGUUGUUCAUCGUUACUGCGCGAUACAAUGCAAUGAUAUUAGAAUGUACAGGGCCUAUCGAUAAUAUUGAAAUAAUAACCAAAGCUCAUGGUAAUGUAGCAGAUCGUAUUGGUAAACCCUCCGAAACUGGUAUACUCGCUGUUAUUGAUCCAAAAGCACGAGUAAUUGGAUUGAGACUUUAUGAUGGCUUGUUUAAAAUUAUACCAUUAGAUAAGGAUAAUAGUGAAUUAAAAGCAGCUAAUAUAAGAAUGGAUGAAUUACAAGUACAAGAUGUAGAAUUUUUACAUGGAUGUGCAAAUCCUACAAUUAUAUUAAUACAUCAAGAUUUAAAUGGUCGACAUGUGAAAACACAUGAAAUAUCAUUAAAAGAUAAAGAAUUUGUAAAAAUACCAUGGCGACAAGAUAAUGUUGAAACCGAGGCAUCCAUGUUGAUACCAGUACCCUCACCAUUAGGCGGUGCUAUCAUAAUUGGUCAAGAGAGUAUAUUAUAUCACGAUGGCAACACAUCUGUUGCUGUUGCGCCUGCCGUUAUUAAGCAAAGUACAAUAUUAUGUUACGCAAAAGUUGACACAAAUGGCUUACGAUAUUUAUUAGGUGAUAUGGCUGGACAUUUAUUCAUGUUAUUUUUGGAAACGGAAAAGAAAGAAGACGGCACACAAAUUGUAAAAGACUUAAAAGUUGAAUUAUUAGGCGAAAUAUCAAUACCAGAAUGUAUUACGUACCUAGAUAAUGGUGUAUUAUUCAUUGGAUCACGAUUAGGUGAUUCGCAACUAAUAAAAUUAAAUUCAAAAGCUGAUCAACGUGAUAGUUAUGUCACUGUUAUGGAAACGUUUACAAAUUUAGCACCCAUAUUAGAUAUGUGUGUUGUCGAUUUAGAACGUCAAGGACAAGGACAAAUGGUUACAUGUUCAGGUGGUUAUAAAGAGGGUUCAUUACGAAUAAUUCGAAACGGUAUUGGAAUACAAGAACAUGCAUCGAUAGAUUUGCCUGGUAUUAAGGGCAUGUGGGCAUUACAAGUUGCUUCCGACACAGCAUACGAUAACACUUUAGUAUUAGCGUUUGUUGGUCAAACUAGAGUAUUAAGUCUGAGUGGAGAUGAAGUUGAAGAAACAGAAAUAGCUGGAUUCACAUCGGAUCAACAGACAUUAUGGUGUGGUAAUGUCGCAAACGGUCAAUUAGUACAAAUUACAAAACGUGCUGUACAUUUAGUGAAUGCAGCUACACGACAACAAGUUGCUGAAUGGAAACCACCAACCGAUAAAAAUAUUAGUGUGGUUGCUGCGAAUACUGUGCAAAUUGUUUGUGCAACUGGUUCGGAUAUUUAUUAUAUUGAAAUAUUAGAAAAUGAAUUAGUUAAAAAAUCACAACGAACUUUAGAUUAUGAAGUAGCAUGUUUAGAUGUAACACCAUUACGAGAAAAUAAUGUACACGCUCAUAUUGUGGCUGUUGGACUUUGGACUGAUAUAUCUGCAUUAUUACUUGAUCUACCAGAUCUAAAUCAAAUUACAAAUGAGCCACUUGGUGGAGAAAUAAUACCUAGAUCCAUAUUAAUGACCUGUUUUGAGGGUAUCAAUUAUUUACUGUGUGCUCUUGGGGAUGGUUCAAUGUUUUAUUUUGUAUUGAACAAAGAAACUGGUUUUUUACAUGAUAAGAAAAAAGUAACACUCGGAACUCAACCAACGGUAUUAAAAUCAUUUCGCUCAUUAUCCACAACAAAUGUAUUCGCAUGCUCGGAUCGUCCUACGGUUAUAUAUUCAUCGAAUCAUAAACUUGUAUUUUCGAAUGUGAAUUUAAAAGAAGUGAAUCAUAUGUGUUCCUUGAAUGCAGAAGCAUAUCCAGACAGUCUUGCAUUGGCGACAGAUGGAUGUGUGACUAUCGGUACAAUUGACGAAAUUCAAAAGCUACACAUACGAACAAUACCAUUACGUGAAUCACCAAAAAGAAUUGCAUAUCAAGAGAGCUCACAAACAUUUGGUGUAAUCACUGUACGUACUGAUAUACAAGAAAUGUUUGGUCAACAAUUAGUGCGACCUAGUGCAUCCACUCAAACACCAAGUUCCAGUUACUCAAGUAGUAUUGGUGCACUAACGUCAAGUGGUAAGGCAAAUGGUGGCAGUGGAGCAGCAUCGAAUGCAAACAAUACAAUCACACCAGCUGCUGAAGUUGGCCAAGAAGUUGAAGUACACAAUUUAAUUAUAAUUGAUCAGCAUACAUUUGAAGUAUUACAUGCACAUCACUUCCAACCUUCUGAAUAUGCGAUGUCCUUAGUUAGUUGUAAAUUAGGUGAUGAUCCAAUUACCUACUAUAUUGUGGGUACAGCAUUUGUAAAUCCAGAGGAAUCUGAACCGAAACAAGGUCGUUUAAUUAUGUUCCAUUAUACUGAUAAUAAAUUAGUUCCUAUUGCUGAAAAGGAGAUUAAAGGAGCGUGUUAUUCUUUGGUGGAGUUUAAUGGCAAAUUAUUAGCAUCUAUAAAUAGUACGGUACGACUAUUCGAAUGGACUGCAGAAAAAGAAUUGCGUUUAGAAUGCUCACAUUUUAAUAAUAUAAUAACGUUAUAUUUAAAAACAAAAGGUGAUUUUAUACUUGUUGGUGAUUUGAUGCGUAGUAUGACAUUAUUACAAUAUAAAACUAUGGAAGGUAGUUUUGAAGAAAUGGCACGUGAUUACAACCCAAAUUGGAUGACUGGUGUUGAAAUAUUAGAUGAUGAUACAUUUUUGGGUGCAGAAAAUUCAUCAAAUUUAAUUGUCUGUCAAAAAGACAGUGCUGCAACAACAGAUGAAGAACGACAGCAAAUGCAAGAAGUAGGACAAUUUCACUUGGGUGAUAUGGUAAAUGUAUUUCGACAUGGUUCGCUAGUAAUGCAAAAUUUAGGUGAAACAUCAACACCGACAACUGGUUGUGUGUUAUAUGGUACAGUUAGUGGUGCAAUUGGUCUUGUCACACAAAUAUCAGCUGAAUUUUAUGAAUUCUUACAUGAUUUACAAGAGCGCUUAGCACGUGUUAUUAAAGCUGUUGGUAAAAUUGAACAUAGUUUUUGGCGAUCUUUUAAUACUGACAUUAAAACAGAACCUAGUGAAGGAUUUAUUGAUGGUGAUCUUAUUGAAAGUUUUUUGGAUUUAUCACAUGAUAAAAUGAAGGAAGUCUGUCAAGGAUUACAAAUUGAUGAUGGUAGUGGCAUGAAGAAAGAUUGUCAAGUCGAAGAUCUUGUAAAAAUUGUCGAAGAUUUAACUAGAAUACAUUAAACUUAUAAUAUUAAUACGUUGUACAUUUUUGUAUCAUAAUAUUCUGAUAAAACAAUAUUAGUAAGUAUGAAUAAUUUACAAUAUUAAAGUACAUUAAUACCUUGAAGUAAUUUACAUGCGUUUGGAAACCGAAUAAUUAUCAAUAAAAAUCACACUAAGAGUA